AGGUUGCAAACCAUCCUUUCAGGUAUGAACAGGUAUCCGACAGGUCUUUCUAAACUAACUUUAUCUUGACCUUUCGAACUUGCAGGGCGGUGCCUGUAAGGCAAGUGGUUUACGAAUCGAUGUUGACAAGAUCUGCCUGGUCUAAUCACGAUGUACAGCUAUCAGACCUCCCAAGGAAUUGUGCAUGGUUUCCAAUGGGUCCCUGCCGACGCCACACAGAUUCUGCUAACGGGCGCUCAGCUUCCCAAUACAGUGAGUCCUCAGAUCACCCGAGUGUUGUCCUAUGAUUAUUGAAUACCAAGCAUGGGGAUCAGGGAUUUGCAGCAGGAUCCUUUGGUCUUGAUCCUAUAGGUAGGGAAAAUGAUGUGGUAUUUGAGAAUUGGUACGACCGUGCGUCUUAUAUGCCUCCGGGUGCUUGCUCGAUUUCAUUAACUGUAAGGCCGAAAGAAAUCCCACAUUCCACUUACCCUGGUGGACCUGGCCCCAUCGCAAUGGCAGCAUCUCUGUCUGCCCCCCGAGGGCGCUCUCCUUAUAGUGCUCGCCCGCCCUCUCCAAUAUCGCUGCCACGACGUUCUUCAUACUCACGCCCUCCUUCCCACGCGCCAUCCCCAUACCAAAGUCGUCAGCAGUCGAGAUCACCCUAUCCUCCCCACCGCACUCCUUCACCUAAUGUUCGCCCUCACCCCCGUGCGCCAUCCCUAUACCAGAAUCGUCGGCAGUCGAGAUCACCCUAUUCUCUCCACCGCACUCCUUCACCUUAUGUCCCCCCUCCGCAAAUGGUAUACCCACACGGGCAUGUCUUGGAGGAUCAGCGCAUUGCGGCUCCUCAGUUGCGAGUACCCUCUCCACUUCCCAAUGCACCCGCUGGGCCAGGAUUUCAUUCAUCUUCGCGUAUGCCCAUAAUUGCUUUCCCCACAGAAUCAAUGUCGGACUCUGCUCCGCAUCCGUUCGCCCGUCCACCGAAUACCGCUCAAGCUUACACUCCGUUUAACAUGACGAGGAUUCAAAGCAUGGAUCAAUUUUACAGCCAAAUUCCAAGUAUGCCAUUGGUACUCGAUACCCAUGAUGUUCACCACCAAGAUUGGAGCAUAUUCAUGAAUAAUCUUGCUCUUGCAUGGAUGGGAAAAUUACCCCUUCCCGAGUUUGCCAAGGGCCGUCCGCCUUCGCGGAGCUCAAUUGUUGCAGAUUUGAUCAAUCUGUGGAACAAUUCCUUCUUCCUUCCCCGCAGAGCCGAGGUAGUCCUCUACAAGGGCCGCGAGCGACGCUCAGGCCCGCGCGCAGGAACUGUAGACGGCCAACUCUCACUGCCUGAAUCGGAAAGGGCUAACGAACGCGAGCGGAAGUACUCGUUAUACUUGACAUGUGUCACGCCUUAUGUUGACGAUCGACUCAAGACCGGUUACCUUGGUUUUAGCCACAUCUCCGCACGCUACGAUAGCGCAGUCCGCCACCCUACCUCAUCCUAUACCUACUAUCGAUGAUGGAAUAACACACUUACAAGAAGGUGGACGUGUUAUUGUUAUUGUGCUACUCGCGUAUAUGGUUGACUAUGUAUUGGUAAUUGCACUUCAACCCAUCGAGAGGCUGAUCAAGUUGGUUACUCGAGUGUGUCUUGCGACUGCGAUCUUUCAGAAAAUAAAUCUCGGCCAUUUUCAUAUCUAUGUAACAAGUCCAUACGAUAUUACUAAUAUUGUUGGGAGGCGAUGUUGCUCUACCAGGGUAUUGCAGUGAGUUGAAAGAGACUCGUAGUUCAGUUGCGAGACGCUCCCGAUGCUCCCAAGCAAACAUAAUUUCCUG